CGCAGUUUGUUUCUCGCCUGCGGCUGAAAUUUGGACGGCGCACCGCUGCUGGAGGCAAUGUGGAUAUAGAGUUCAGGUUUUAUUUUUGUAGAUAAUUGUCUGAGCACUUGGGCCAACAGGCGGGGGAGAUGUAGAUAAAGUUUCUCUCUCUCUCUUUCUUUUCCCGGUUCUGUUAGGGGUCUCGACCGUUUUACAUGCGGACUGUCAUUCAGAAAUACUACAGCCUGCAGUUGGAGCGCUCACGUGUUUGACCUUAGCCGAUAUAUUUUUGAUUUUAUUUUUAUUUUUUUUCUACAUUUAUUGUCGCUCACUUAUAACCCGCUCUGUAUGCUUUGUGAAAGUCGACCUCGUUUACUGCAAGUUGGCGUUUUCGGUGACAGACGCGUCUGUUUUUUGUAAAUUAUACCUGGCUUGAAUCACGGAUUAAUUUAUCGAAAUUAUAACAUAACUGGAGAGGAAGGUGUUUAUCGGGAUAAAGGCAUGGUAUACGUGCAGGUCUGCAGAGGGUAACAGACUGGAUCUCAUCACUGCUGGGGAUUUUACAAUCAAAGAGGCUGAAAACUAAACCACAAUGGAGCUGCUCUGGGUCUUUCUGGUGCUGGAGAUGGUCCUGGUGUCCACUGCUGCCAGGGGUCCACCCAGGGUGUCAGAGCGGGUGGCCCAUCGGCAGAGCAUCCGCCUGGGUCGCACCAUGAAGCUUCCCUGCCCCGUCGAGGGUGACCCCCCGCCGCUGAACAUGUGGACCAAAGAUGGCCGAAACAUCCACAGUGGCUGGACACGGUUCAGGGUGUUACAGCACGCUCUGCGUAUUAAAGAGGUGGAGACUGACGAUGCAGGGACUUACAUCUGUAAAGCUACCAACGGGUUUGGCAGCGUGAACAUCAACUACACUCUCAUCGUUAUAGAUGACUCCGGUUCAAGAGGUGAAGCAGGAACAGCCAGGAGUGACUCUGAACAUGCCCCAGACUUGGCUGGAAAACUGGUACGUCCACGCUUCACUCAGCCGUCAAAGAUGAGGAAGCGCGUCAUCGCUCGCCCAGUGGGCAGCUCGGUGCGUCUGAAGUGUACAGCAAGCGGCAACCCUCGCCCUGACAUCGUCUGGCUGAAGGACAACCGGCCGCUGGUGGACGAGGAUGGAGGAGCGGGAGAAGAGGAAGGGAAGAAGAAGAAGUGGACUCUGAGUCUGAAGAACCUGACGCCCGAGCACAGCGGGAAGUACACCUGCCACGUCUCCAAUAAAGCGGGAGAGAUCAAUGCCACCUACAAAGUGGAAGUCAUACAGCGUACCAACUCUAAACCCAUUCUGACUGGAACUCACCCUGUCAACACCACCGUGGACUAUGGAGGAACCACGUCCUUCCAGUGUAAAGUCCGCAGCGAUGUCAAGCCAGUCAUUCAGUGGCUUAAAAGAGUUGAACCUGGUGAUGAAAACAAAUUUAACUCCACCAUAGAGGUUGGAGACCACCGCUUUGUGGUCCUGCCUACAGGGGAAGUUUGGUCACGUCCUGACGGAUCCUACCUCAACAAGCUGCUGAUAACCAGAGCCAAGGAGGAGGAUGCUGGCAUGUACAUCUGCCUAGGAGCCAAUACUAUGGGCUACAGCUUCAGGAGUGCCUACCUGACGGUGCUACCAGAUCUAAAGCCCCAAAGCAACUCUGUCCCCACAGCAACGUCCCCAGGCCUCCCCUGGCCCGUCAUUAUAGGAAUACCAGCAGGCGUCGCCUUCAUCUUAGGCACCGCCCUUCUCUGGUUCUGCCAAUCCAAACGCACCUGCUCCUCUUCCUCUUCCUCCUCCUCUGCUCUUCCUGCCGCCCAGCGUCUACCUGCAGCAAAUCGUGACCGAGCCUGCCCGACGGUGCCUCCUCAACCGGCCAGCGGGGAUAAAGAUUGUCUUUCAUAUGAGGACUACAUUGCCCACCAGCAGCUGCUUCUGGCUCAGGGAGGCGCUGGAUUGGCUCCUAAGGUCUACCCAAAGAUCUACACGGAUAUACACACACACACGCAUUCACACGUGGACGGGAAAGUACACCAACACCAGCACAUUCACUACCAGUGUUAGCAGCGAGGCUAGCAGCACGCUUCGGUGUUUCACGUUCAACUCUUACACGAACAUGUUCCUGUGCAUGCAGACUCAUUCACAACAGUUCAUAACUAACUGCUGACAUACAGAGCAAAGAACAAAGAAAGCUACACACAAGAGACCAUGCGGAUUCAUAUACAGAAACAUGUGAUCACGCAACGCUUGCUCUUGCUCAUUCUGCUGCAGCCACGUUAUUGUGUAAACGGACUUAUUCAAGACACAAACAAUGAAGAAUGUAAAGAAAGAAGACAAAGAUCCUUAUUUUUAGCCAAUCUGGAGGACAAUCCAGUGAAAUCUAUGAGAGAAAUAAUCCGAAAAUAUGUUUUUUUCAAACCUUUAUAUAUAUAAAAUCUUUUCUGUAGAUUUUUAAAUCUCCUCUUUUGUUGCCCAAAAGCCUUAUUUGAAGCCACAAUGAACUCUGCAGCUUCAAGGUAACUUAACACAACAAUUCUCUGUCUUUUAGUCCUUUGGACACAACCACAACCUCCUCAGUAACAGUAGAAAUACAACUUGCCUCCACUACAAGCCUCCAACUAUAACUACUCAUGUAUAUUUUGGAAUACAAUUAUAAGGCAUUUAGCACACUACUUCAUCCUGGGUAAUCUAUAAAGAAUAAUAUAACAUGUGAUUAAUGUAAUAGCAUAAUUUCAAUAGCCCAACUGAGCCAUAAGAAACGCAAGUCAGGACAAACUCCCACUGUAUCCACACCCUCGGGAAGGAUGACGGCUUCUGGUUUUUGCUUCUCCCGGGUUCAGCUGCUAUCAGGGUACUAAAGAGCUGAUGUCGAACUGGGUUACCCGAACAGCAUGGAUCUCUCUUAGUAGACUGAUUUUAGCAGCAGCUACAGUGCGAUUCCUGCUACAGCCAAGGAGCCCCUCCAAAAGCACAUCUACUGACAGUUUCUACCCCUUUACUUCCCGGAGAACAGUGGCAUUUCCUGUUUUGCGUCGUCUUUUUUUCAGUUUUGAUUGACGCUCAAUGACUUCGCAAGAGAGGGAUUAAGGAUAUCAGUUCUCCUCAUGUCAUCCGUUCAACCUCUUUAGCCAACAGCACAAAGGGCUGAACGUCAGUGCCUCUGUGUAAAAUGGUGCCGUCUGAGAAUUGUUUCCAGAUUUUGUGGAUCACCGUUGCACUAUUGGAUAUGUCACAGAUUCUUGUUAAUCUGUGAUGAGAUUUAGAGGGCUUUCAAGAGAGGAACUUCAUCCUAAAUUCUAACUCAAGGAUGAGCCCUCAACUCAAAGCACCUCACAAUAUGACCUCAAGUGUAAUGGAACAGGUUUUGCAUGUGAUCUGUUCUGCACACAUGGUGUUGUUACAGAGCAGAGGCACUCAUGUUGUUGUUGUUUUAUCUGAAGAGGAAAGGUUUUGGAUGAAGGGCUGCCUUCUCACCCGUAGAGCCCUCUGUCACUCUGAUCAAGAGAAUGGAAGAUGUUGCAGUCAAGAGAUUCUAGAUGCUAAAAAAGGUAAAAUAAUGGGAAUCAAAUAUCAGUAUUUUUAUCACUAACAUUUAGAGCCAUAUAAUGUGCAAAAGUUAUUUUUAUUACUAUAGCAAUACCCACUGACAAAACCCCACAAACUGCUCUUAUUGCUGUACAGUGGCAAAGAUAUACAUUGAUACAUUCAGAGAUAUGUCUGGGAUAUUUGGUUCUGCAUAUAUUAUUCACGUAUCUGCAUAUUUACCACAAAUUUUAUUGACCACUUUAAGAAAACCUAAACAUCCAAAACUUGGUACCAUGGUACACCUCCAAAGGUGUUUUCACACCUUUUAGCAGAUUAGACUUCCUCUCAGGACUGUGUGGAUGUGUACAAAGUGCGUCUGAUUAAGAUUUCCCUCACUCUCGUGUAGUUUUGUUGCACCUUUUAGUGUAAGACAAUGUACAACUGUAUCUUUCUCAUUCAUAGAUUGGUAAACAUUGGGGUAAUUCCCAACAUUGCUCCUCCUGAGGAGAGGUAUCAUCAACCAGAUUAACUGAAAACACCUGUGUGGCUCUCCAGGGCCUUUCAUCAAUGAGUUCACCAGCAGCUGCUAUGAGUAAAGCAAUUCAUGCACUAUAUAAAUUAUCCCAGAAUCAGCUGUUUUCAAAGCCACUGUAAGCUCAAAUUGAACAGAGUGGAUGUGAGAUUAAGGUCACAUUUACUAGGUGAUGAUCUUGUUCUUUUCACUAGCACUAAAAAUCCAAAAUCUAAAGAUUCCUUUUAAAACUGCAGCUACUGAAGCAUCAAAGUUAUCUGCCAAACUAGUAGCAAUGUAGUAUUGGUUUUGACUGAUUUCCAUCUUUUCUUGUUGCUUGGUUUGCUUAUGUAUUUCAAUGACUUUGUUAUUGUCGCAUGUGUGUUUUCACUGCUUCUGGUAAGUAUUAAGAAAUUUCCUCACACUAGAACGUGAUAAAAUCACUUACAUCAGCCAUGUUUCCAUGAAAGAGACCAUGCGGAUUCAUAUACAGUGUCCACAACUUAACAAUUAAACAUAAAAAACAACGUCAAUGUCAUUGGUCCAUCUGUCGGAUGCUUCCUGUAUUUUUGAAAAGUACUCCCACCCCCGAACAGGGACUUUUUAGGGGGUAAAAUAAUGGCCCCAGAACUUAUUUUAGACCCCGGUCCCUGUGGUGGAAACACACUGAGUUCCUCCAAAGUUAGUCCUCUGGGGAAAGUUGGUGUGGUGGAAACGCUGCUAUUGACCCAAACCUCAUCAGAAACUAGCCCCUACAAACCCUCCCAGUUACUGUACAACAGACUUUCUUUUGCUGUUUCUCAGGUGUCCAUCUUGUUGUUCCUGUGUGUGAAUCUGACCACUAAAUAAAAACUGUGUAGAAUGAUAUGCUAAGCUAAGAUUUACAUUUCAUCUGUUUUACAUUACAGCAAUCUCUGAAGGCACACUCAGUGAGGUGACUCUGUCCGGAGAUGUUUAAACAACUUUACAACCUUUACAAGGGUGUGUUUCAACAACCAUGUGACAGGAAGUGAUAAAUUGAAAUCACUUGAUAACUUUGGAUGCACACGUGCUCGAUCCUUAGUCUGUAUUUUUGCACAAAUCUCUAAACCUAAUUAGGAAAAUGUACAAAAUGAUUCACAUGACUCACAUAUGCAUUUUUUUUGUAAUACUCACUGGUAUGUUGUGUGUUUAAGUGUGGGUGUGUAGACCAGAGCUUUGACUCUAACUACCAGUCAGGCCUCUCUUUCUUUGCUUAUUUUGAAUCCCUUACAGAGAUUUUGUUUUUGUAUUAUCUCACUUUCUGAAGACUUUUAAGAAAGACAAAACAUGCAGCCCUCAGAUAAUAGGAGCCACAUCUGUAUACCUGCACAAACAAUUUCACAAAAUUAUUUAACAGCCUGUGACCAUAUUGUAUUUAUUGUUCAUCUUUCCACCAGAGCGCCCUCUCUCCUAUAUACCAAUUGAAAUACAUGUAAAGUUCAAAUGAAAGUACAUCAGAACAGCAAAGAAUACGCUUAUCAUAAUAAUUAUGGUACAAUUCCAAACAGAGACACAUGUUCAUUUAUUUUCCUCUCUACAAACAGCUUGAACUGAAAAUAGGUCUUGCAUUAAUAGCUCUCCCUUCAACAUGCGUUCUUCUUGUCCUCCCAUCUUUUCUGUUUUCAAACAUCUGUUGACAAAGUCACCCCGAACAGCUGGUGUUCCUUCAUUGUAAAGUUUUUCUUCCCAUGUUUUAGGGGCGGAAAAAGUUUCCAAACAGUAAAGUUUUCCUCAGUCAAGUUUUUCUGUGAAAACUCUCGUCACUUGGGUUACCUGUUUUCAUUCAUUUCACGUUAAUCCCAGUUUUUUUGUGUCAAAGCUAAUGGACUGCCAGUAGACAGACUGUGUAUAUGUGCCCUUACCACUAGCAUGUACAUGGGAUGACAUUAGUGUUGAGAUUAUACUUUUAGAUAAUUUAGUGAGAAAGCCUUGGACCAUUCAGUAGCUCUAGCAACACAUUGGCCCACAAAACAUUAUAAAUGCUAAAUUGUCUCAAUAUUCAAAAAGAAAGGUGUCUAAUUUAUUUUCUUUUAAACAUGUUUUUUCUUCAUAUAAUUGGGCAUUAUACUGCAUGAGUGGAUUUUGUGUUAUAGUAGUAAUGUAAGCUAUGUAGCAAAUACCAUGUUCAUGUCAUUGUAAGAUACUGUAUUUAUACGUUCGGACGGAAUAUACGAAAUUUUAUCGAUAAUCUUUGUAUCGACAAUCUUGUACAGGCUAUUGUCAUUUAGGAUAAAAUUUUGUUUUCUCCCAUUGUAAUCAUGUUAUUGGUGCCAUUAAAAAAGUCAAAUCUA